GGAAAUGCAGCAUGCGUCUUCCUGUGAAUGAGCACGUGAAGCAGAAUGGCAGCCAAAAGAGAGAUUGCAAUUGAUGGGUCACAAGUGAAAAAAGCUGUUCAGGCUCUGCAGGCUUUUUUAAAGUCCAAAUCCAGCAGUGAGUCUUUGCUGCUGAGCGAUAAUGAGCCGAUCAGCCUGCUGUUCACUCUGUGGAAGAUCCCCAAACAGCCGCAGUUCAUCCGCAUCCCCCUGCCUCACAGCCAGCGACAGGCCACAGAUGAAGUUUGUCUGUUCACCAGAGAUGAGCCCAACAUGACACCAGACCAAACGCAGAGGUUUUACAAGAAACUGCUGGAGGAACGGGGCGUCAAAAGCAUCACUGAGAUUAUCCCGUACAAAGUCCUCAAGACGGAGUACAAGCCUUAUGAGGCCAAGCGCCGCCUGUUGGGGAACUUUGACAAAUUCCUAUCUGACAGCCACAUCAGGCGCCUGCUGCCCUCACACCUCGGAAAACAUUUCUAUGAAAGGAAAAAAGAGCCGCAGUGUGUGAACCUGCAGAGCAAACAUCUGGCCAGAGACAUCGAGAGAAUCCUCCAGGGCACCAGCUUGAAGGUCUCCAACAGAGGUUCCUGCUGCAUGGCUCGUGUCGGCCACUCCGGCAUGACUGCGGACGAGGUGACGGACAACGUUGUGGAAGCCGUCAAAAUGGUGGUAGCCAAACUAGUGAUGAAAGGACCGGCGAUCAAGCUCAUCCAUCUAAAGAGUGUAACGUCAGCGGCUCUGCCCAUCUACACCUCAGACCUGAGUCACCUCACCCUGCUGGAGGAGGCACAGAAAGCAGCACAGAUGGCCCGGAAAGAGAAAGAGGGAGGCCAAAAAGCAGCAAAGAAGAAGAAGGUAGAGAUGGUAAAACAAAUGGACUCCACUCCUGAGGGCCAGAAGGUUCAGGAAGAGGUGGAGGACAUCCCACAGCUUGUUCCCAUAGAGACGCCGAGGAAAAAGCCUAAACUGGAGGUGGUCAAAAGGAAGCAGCGGGAAAAAGCCCCAAAAUCCAUCACCAUGAAGAAAAGAACAAAAGCUUCGAACAAACUGACCAAAAAAGCUGGAAAGAAGGACAUUAGUAAAGUCAAGCAAAAAGUGUCCAAAUUAAGAUGAGCGACACUUGUACUUGGCACACGUGAUAUGGACUUU